AAUUUAUGGUUACUUUGCUUUAGUUGUACUGAGCAAUCCAAGCCUAGAUUCACCCAGGGCUCUCAGAGCACUCCCAAACUGCAGGGGGCAAUCAUGCAACAAAAGUUGGUGGAACCAACUUUUGGGGAAGUAGCUUUUGGGACUAUAUUUGCCUGCGCACCCACAGAGAGAGCAUGGCAUUGAAAUGUUUGUAGAGAGUUCGGUUGGUUCUCUCAUUUAUUCCUGGAAAAGGAUACUAUGAUUACAGCUCCUGAUCACUCAAAGACGCAACUGGUUAUCAACCUAUACGUACUGCCCCACACUGAUCUAUCAAGUCACAUUCAAGAAACUAUACCAUAUUAUUCCAUCACUGGUCUAUCAAACCAUCUCAAAGAAAAUAAAGAAUCAAGAAGUGGAAAGAUUGAGUUGUCCUUUGCGUUCUUCAGAGACAAAAGCAGUUUUCAAGUUUGGGCUGAGCUGUAAUCAAUUAAAAACACACAGAACUUGACAGUUGAUAACCAGUGGUGGCAGUGAGAAUAAGGAUAAAAGGCCUGAAGUCAAGCUGUCAACGCAAAGGAAGAAUUGACUGGAAACUUUUUCACCAUGGCAAAGGAAACUCUUGGGAAGACAGUCAAGCAACUGAAACAAGAGCGGACCUUAGCUAAAUCUGCUUUCACCAAGCAAGCAAACUACCUGAGCAAAGCUGCAAAUGAGAUGAUUAAAGGUGAACUUCAAGAGGAGUUCAGCAAACUUAGUUCCUUGGCAAGACAUGUCAGCGAUGCAAAUGAUGACUACGGAGCUGGUCUACUGACUGAAGUAGGAACUGAGGAGGAUGAAGAAGUCAAGCUCAACAAGCACCAGCAGGCUGAACUUGAAAAGACAAUGGAAGAGUGUGACAUGAGACUGGGGGACAUCCGUGAGGCAGUCCAAGCCAACCUCUGGUCAAGAUAUGGUAAAGAGGAGGUAGACUUUGCAAUCCAAGAAGCGGAAAAAGCCUGUGACAGAGCCCAAGCAAGCCCCAUCACUGCUAUCAAUAGAGACGGCUAUGAACUGCAGCUGGAGAGAGCAAGGAAGCUAAUCCAUGAUGCAACUGUAAGCCUGAAAGACUGGGAAAAAUGGAUCCCACAUGAUCAGACAGCAGACCUGAAAGGCAGAUUAAAAGACCUGAGAAUAUUCGGGAGCAACCUUGAGGCCAGAAGAGCAGAAUUCCUCACCGCACAAAAAAUUGCAGAAGAGAAAAGAAGAGGUCCAGACCAACAGCCUCAACCAACAGCAGUUCCACAACCAGUGGUGAGAAUAAAGCCAACCAGCCUACCUAAAUUCACUGGGAUUAGGAGAAAUUUCCAUAGAUGGAAGAGAGACUGGGAAAGUCUGCAAAAGCAGGGAGAACCGAGUGGAUCAGUGGAAGUGAAGAAGUUUCAACUCCUUGACAGUGUGGAUGAAAGGAUAUGUAGAGACCUGGGCUUGUCAACAUACAACAGUGCUGAAGACAUAUUGAGAGUACUUCAAAACAGGUAUGGAAACAAGCCAACGAUUGCUUUGGAGAUAAUUGAGGAUUCAAGAGGAAAGAAUCUGUGA